UCACAUGGCAGCACCCGCUAAACAAGCCUCGUCAAGAUGGGGCUCCUUCUUAUCCCAGGCCGUCGCCGGAGUCGAGGCCAAACUAGACACCAUUCUCGCCGAUGACUAUGAUGAUGCCGCCCAGCAGAACAAGGAGUCCAAACCAGCAGCCACUCCUCCGCCGGCACCAUCACCGGCAAAGGCCAGCCCAACACCAUCGAGAACAGCCUCGACACGUACCAAUGAUCGUCUACAAGAGCGGUUGGCCAGGGCCGUGGCCGCCAAGGCUGCCGGCAAGAACCUCGAUCGAACGUCAUCCUCGACACAAGCGAGCCCACGCCAGAGCAUGGAUGCCCCAAGUCGUGCCUCGACCGACAGCAUCGAAAGACCAAAUUUCGCUGCUAAGGACAGUCCGAAUGCCGUUUCUUCGCCGCGCGCAUCCGUAGACACGCCCAGGAAAUCGCAGGAUACAACACAGGAGCCGCCAGUGGCACCACUGGACUCAGCGGACGGCAUCAAGGAGGUGGAAGCACAGUUAGUUUCUGAGAAAGCCGAUAGUGUGAGGCCUUCGACGGAUCAGCCACGUCCAGAGAACACUGAGGAUGAAGCCCCGACGACUGAAAGCAAAUUGGAAGCACCGGCGGAGAUACUCGCCAAGACCGAACCCAAGAAGAGCGUUGAGGUCAUUGAGAGGGCACGUCCAGAUGGCCAGGAAACGAAAUCGGACGAUACGCGACCGCAAAACCAGGACGAAAUCCACGCCUACGUAGAGCGAAUCGAUGCUUUGGAGGCCAAGCUCCAGUACCUUGCAAGGGAGGCAUCCGCAGCGGCGCGCAAGGAGGUUUUAUCUGCACCCGCUGGCAGUGCUGAAAAGAAGCUUGCAGAGAAGGAUCAACAAAUAGCCCAGCUGAUGGAAGAAGGAAAGAAUCUUGCUAGUAACGAACAAAAGCUGCGGACGAUCUUGAAGAACUUGCGAAAGAAACAAGCCGAAGAUGAAAAAGAGAUGGGGAAUCUUAAAGCGGCCAAGGAAAAGGCCGACAGGGAAAUAGAGAACUUGCGCAAGCGUGCUCGACACUCAGACGAACUCGAAAAGAACCAGAAUGAGCUCCAAAAACGGUUGGACCAGUCACAACGGGAGCUAAACUACUUGCGACCGGAAGUCAAGUCCAAGGAUACUAUCAUCGCUGAACUACGAUCACAAAUCCAAAAGGCUACUGAACAGGCCGAUGUCAUGUCAGCAAAGGCCAACGACAAGGCAAGAGAACAGGAUCAGCGGCGGAUAGCAGAAUUGGAAGAAUCCGUGGAAGCUCUCAAGAUCGAGAAGAACCUGAUGGCCGACCGCGCCAAGGCGCAAGCUGAUGAACUUCGAAAAGAGGCUGAAAAAGCAAGCGAAAAGGCAAAGGCUUUGGAGUUAGAGCUAAAGGCCGAAGUCCAUAUGAUGGAAAGUAAGCUGGAAGCUAUGCGGACCCGCGCUGAAGAAGCUUCCUCGGGCGUAACGGGAGACUCCCAAGCCAAGUUGCUUAGACAGGUGGAAACCCUGCAAAGUCAAUACUCGAUUGCAAGCGAGAACUGGCAAGGGAUCGAGACCACUUUGCGGUCGAGAAUAGUUAAUCUCGAGAAGGAGCGUGAUGAAGCAUUGCAGCGGGAGUCUGACAUGCGCAGAAAGGCUCGUGAAGCUGCCCUCCGAGCGAGACGCAAUGAGGAAGAGCUGGAAGAAGCCAAAACCAAACUUCCCAACCAGGAAGACGUUGAGUCCUACCGCUCACAACUCGACUCUCUCAAGAAGCGCGCAGAAGAAGCCGAAGCCGCCCUGGCAGAGGCGCGAGCCGAUUUUGAGAAGCAGAAGCAGGCAUGGGAGGCUGAGAAGGAAACAAUCAAAGAGGAAAGGGAAAGGGAUCUCCAAUCACAAGGAAACCGGCCACGAUCCUGGUUAGAAGGUCUCCCGGGCGGCCCAUUCCUGAAGAACGAGGGUAGCGGGCCUGGAUCACCCCAACUAUCAACAGCGCAAAGGACCUACAGCACUGAUUUCCUAGGCAUCCAAGGCCUUUCCAACAAGGUCCGCAAGGCAUCAGCCCCAUCAAGUAACGGUGAUGCGGCAACGGGAGCAAACGUAAGCCGUCGACCCUCCGGCCAACCCGGCCUGAUCCGCACAUCAGUUGCCUCUGGCAGCACCCAACCAGGAAGCAACUCCCUCUUCAGUCCCACUACAGAAUCCAUGCCUCCAGUCAUACCCUUAUCCGCGAUUCACCCAACAUCAGACGCAGGUGGCGCACCCGAAAUCCAGCACCCACGCGCUGGGCUCCAUCGUUCCGACACGGGCUUCGACAGCGUCGACUCCUCCUCCUCUCCGCACAACGUAUUGCAGGACAUGGUCUCCGUGUCCACGAUCGCCGCCGGGCCCUCAGUCCAGCUCGUGGAGCGCAUGAGCGCCAAGAUCCGCCAGCUUGAGAGCGAGAAGGUGACGGUGCGCGAAGAGCUGGCACGCAUCUCCAAGCAGCGGGACGAGGCACGGGCGGAGAUUGUGGCGCUCAUGGGCGAAAUGGAGAAUCAGAAGAAGGCGGCUGAGAGGGUUGCUGAACUGGAGCGGCAGGUGGCGGAGGUGAAUGAGCGGUAUGAGACGACGCUGGAGCUGUUGGGCGAGAAGAGCGAGGAGGUGGAUGAGUUGAAGGCGGAUGUGCAGGAUUUGAAGGAUAUGUAUAGGGAUUUGGUGGAGAGGACUAUGAAAUGAGGUUGUAAGUGAUGAGUGAUAGGGGACGGACUGGGUGGUGAUUCUUGCAUACAUAAUAAACUAUUCAAGAUGGUUGAUAAUGAAAAUGAGCUGAUGUAUAGGUAC